AUGAGCGCUUUUCCAAAGCGUGGAUCCAGGAGCCAGAGCAAACUUCCGGCUAUGCCUGAGUUCUCGGACUCGGACGAUGAAGGACCCCCCUCCGAAGGCCACAACAGCGGCGAGUACAAAGUGUUUGGAUGCCAGGAGGGCUUCUUGACUACACAGGGCGAGGAAUCAACAAACAAAUGGAUCCGAGGGUGGAUCAAGCUCGAAGACAACACCAUGCUUUACUAUCCCUCGCAGACGGCCCGGGAGCCCACGAUGAUGGUGACCCUCUGCCGCGAGUCGGAGGUCCGGACAGGACGCAAGGUGAAGGACCUCAUGAUACCCUACGACCUGUCGCGAGUGUUCGUCGUCAAGGACAGCACCAACGAGAUGAUCGUCUUCGUGGCGGAUUCGGAGGCUGAGAAGCGGGUAUGGCUGGCUGAGGUCGGCCGAACCAUCACGAGCCUCAUCGACCCCUAUCUCAAGAAGAAACACCCGCGAUCGUGGUCGGUGUACGAGGUGUCGCUGUGGUUGGAAAUGAUCGGAUUCGGCGCCUACAAAAGCGAGUUUGACGAGAACCGCAUCACCGGCAAGCUGCUCCUGUCCCUCACCAAGCUCGACUUGAAGGCCCUCUCUAUCUCCAAAUUGGGCCACCGACUACGAUUCCUCAAGUACCUGGACCACUUGCGGGCCAAUCUGGACACCUUUGACGAUGCAUCUCUGUACGAUGACACUCUCUCGUCCGUCGAUUCCGCCAUCUCCAUCGGCCAAAUGGAACCGGAGCUGUUAGUGAAAUGUCUCUACAACAAGGAGACACGAUGCGUGCGAAUAAGGGAGGGAAGCUCAUACAAGGAUCUGCAAAAGCAACUGGAGAAGGAGUUCAAGUUUGUCCCUGUGAUCAAGUACAAGGACCCAGAAGGCGAUAAGGUAUCGAUGAAGAAGCAGGGCGACUUUGAGUACGCACUGUCCCUGAUCAACGGCAACGCGCUGCGAUUGUACAUCGCCAAGAAGCACAAGAGGGUCAAAUGA